AUGACCGACUCCAACCCUGUCCAGGAGGCCGAGGCCUCGAUGGCCAACCUCUUGCUCGAUGAGGUCACUGGCGAAAAGGUCUCCAAGUCUGAGCUUAAGAGACGCCAGAAGCUGCGCGAGAAGGAGGCCAAGAAGAAGGAGAAGGAAGCUGCAGCCCCUCCCAAGCCUGCUGCGCAGAAGAAGGUCUCCGCCGAAGACGAGGAGGCGAACUUGACUGCCAACCAAUACUUUGAGAUCCGCAGCAAGCGUAUCAACAAGCUCCGAGAGACCAAGCAACCCGAUCCCUAUCCCCACAAGUUCCAGGUCACCGACGACCUUCGCAAGUUCCUGAAGGACUAUGAGAGCCUUGAGAAGGGCGAGCAGAAGCCGGAGACUACCGUCCGAAUUGCUGGCCGAAUUUACACCAAGCGCGCGUCCGGUGCCAAGCUGAUCUUCUACGAUAUUCGCGCCGAGGGUGUCAAGGUGCAGGUGGUGUGCCAGGCUCAGAACAUUUCCGGUGCUGUUUCGUUCGAAGACCAGCACGAACACCUUCGAAGAGGUGAUAUCGUCGGUAUUGUUGGUUUCCCUGGUCGCAGCAACCCCAAGAACCGACCGGAUGGCGAGCUUUCCAUUUUCGCGACCGAAGUGGUUCUCCUCGCUCCCUGCCUUCACGCCAUUCCCACCGAACACUACGGUUUCCAGGACAAGGAACAGCGCUACCGCCAGCGUUAUCUUGAUUUGAUUAUGAACGACAAGUCUCGUAAUGUUUUCAUUACCCGUUCCAAGAUGGUUACUUAUAUCCGCAACUUCUUCGAUCAGCGGGACUUCGUCGAAGUUGAGACUCCCAUGAUGAACGCUAUUGCUGGUGGUGCGACAGCGAAGCCUUUCGUCACACACCACAAUGAGCACGACAUGAACCUUUUCAUGCGUGUCGCUCCCGAACUGUACCUCAAGAUGCUCAUUGUUGGAGGUCUUGAGCGUGUUUACGAGCUCGGCCGUCAGUUCCGAAAUGAAGGUGUUGACCUUACCCACAACCCUGAAUUCACUACUUGCGAGUUCUACUGGGCUUACGCUGAUGUCUACGACGUCAUGAACCUGACGGAGGAGCUUGUCUCCGGUCUCGUUAAGCACAUCACCGGCGGCUACGAGACUACCUUCCACACACAGACCGGUGAGGAAUACAAGGUCAACUGGAAGGCCCCCUGGAGGCGGGUGGAGAUGAUUCCUGCUCUUGAAGAGGCCACCGGCGAGAAGUUCCCGCCCGGAGACCAGCUGCACACUGCUGAGACCGGCGAGUUCCUCAAGAAGGUCCUGAAGAAGACUGGUGUUGAGUGCUCACCACCCCUCACGAACGCUCGUAUGCUCGACAAGCUCGUGGGCGAGUUCAUCGAGGAGACCUGUGUUAACCCCACCUUCAUCACUGGCCACCCUCAGAUGAUGUCUCCUCUGGCCAAGUACCACCGCCAGAACGCCGGUCUCUGUGAGCGUUUCGAGGCUUUCGUCUGCAAGAAGGAGAUUGUCAACGCUUACACCGAGUUGAACGACCCCUUCGACCAGCGUCUCCGCUUCGAGGAACAGGCCCGCCAGAAGGACCAAGGUGAUGACGAGGCUCAGCUUAUUGACGAGAACUUCUGUACCAGCUUGGAGUACGGUCUGCCUCCCACCGGUGGUUGGGGUAUGGGUAUUGACCGUCUGGUCAUGUUCUUGACGGACAACUACAGUAUCAAGGAGGUUCUGGCCUUCCCCUUCAUGAAGGAAGAUAAGACCGCCGCCGAGGGCAAGUCUGCUGCUGAGGUUGUUGGCAUCCAGCCUCAGCCCGAGGAGGGAAUCCUCGGGACAUUAGCUAUGGCCCUUAGAAGAAGAACAUCCGGGAAUACCUCUCGUCGUCGUCCUCAUGCCUCAUCUUCAUCUCGCGAUGAAAUCUUAGGCGAGUGGGAGCGUAUAAAUGCGAGAACAGCAAAAUGCGACGUCUGCACGAGACGAAACAUCAACUUAAACAUGCUUCAAUGCAAGAAAUGUGGCUGGCAGACUUGUCACAGUACCUGCCACUCGGAUCCAAGAUGCGAGCAUAGCAGGAUGGACAGGCAAUGUACUCACCAAUGCGGCUGCGAAACACACGAGAACGGCGCUCUCGAUACCGAAAUCAGGAAUGCACAGCGUGUUGCUGUAACGGCGACGACUAGAAGACCUAGGUCUAGGUCUAGAUCUGCGUCAGAGAGCCUGCCAGCAAGAGGUCCGGCAGAUUCACGUUCUUCCGAUCCGCAUCGUGGUAGAGAUUCCUCUGUUGAGACUGGUAGGACUACGAGAUCGAGCGUUAGCAGGCGAACAAUAACUCCUACCUCCCCUUCUCAAACUUCCUUAACAUCUAGACAGCCCAGGGCGAGGGAUAGUCAGCACAAUAUCCGGGACGGAAUAUCUUCUUCAAUUCAACCACCUAGACCGAGAGACGGUCGACUUUCUCGAGCUGCUCGAAGGACGGCCCUCCCCGCGCUUAAUUCAUCCUCUGAAUCCAGCUACAACGACGAGACCAUUUCUUCUGGAUCGGAUAUUCCAUAUGAUAACGGUCGAGCUGGUGACCUGUAUACUACGAACUGUCCCUCCAGCCUCUCCCCUCAGACCCUUGUGGCUAGGCACAACGAAGACACUGGUGUCUCUAAUGAGAAUUAUCGUCAUAUCCAUAUUGAUGCCACCGCGGAAGACCUCAAAUGUGCUAAGAUAUUGCUUGCUCUCCACUCAGGCAAAAGCAUGGAUGACGAGGCCGACAGUUAUGACGACGGAGAUGGCGACGAAGAUAACGACAGCGAAACCGAUGACCCUUUAAGUGAUUUGGAUUCUGAUUAUACGAAAGACGAAACGGGAAGCAACGAGAACGGUGGGCAGGAUUACUCGAAACGUCGCAGGACGAAUUACUACGAUCUAUAA